UGGUUUUCCUGGAGAAACUCCGAGGAUGUUGCUCCGCUGCUUGAACCUUUCCUCCUGGUCCACCUGUAGGUUUUUCUUCAGCUUUUUGCUGCUGCUGCAAACGCCCCGGUCCUCCUCUCCGCUAAUUACAGGUACCGAGGCCAGCUGCGAGAACGAAGGCGAGGUCCUCCACAUCCCCAACAUCACCGACAACCCCUGCAUCACCUGCGUGUGUCUGGAGGGGAAGGCCGACUGCAAACAGGAGAAAUGUCCUCUGGUGUCAGAGGACUGUGCUCUGGUGGUGAAACAGACGGGAGCCUGCUGCGAGAGAUGUAAAGGCUGCAUGUUGGAUGGACGAUCUUAUAACAGCUCUGUAUCCUGGACCACCUCCACCAAACCCUGCAUAACCAGACGCUGCCAGGAAGGUGUCAUCACUGAGGCCGACGUUCAGUGUGUCGUCCACUGCAAGAACCCCAAAAUCCACCCCAAGAAGUGCUGCCCCACCUGCCCCAGUUGUAUUUUCGAGGGUCGUCUGUACAAAGAGAGGGAGGAGUUCAGUCCUGAGGGGAAACCCUGCAUCAAGUGCACCUGCACCGGAGGGCGGACUCUCUGCAUGCGGGAGGUGUGUCCUGUUCUCUCCUGUCCCGCCCACCUCAGCCACACCCCGCCUGGACAGUGCUGUCCCCGAUGUCUCGGUCAGAGGAAGGUGUUUGAUCUGUCUUUAGGUAGCUGUCUGUUUCACAGUGAAGUUUACGAGAACGGCACAUCCUUCAUACACGACAACUGCACCACCUGCACCUGCAAGGACUCCACGGUGGUGUGCAAGAGGCGGUGCUCACGGCCGGGGAGUUGCCACGGCGACCAUUGCUGCGAGGAGUGUCUGUCCUACGUGAAGGUCGAGGAGGUGAAGUACUGCAGAGUCCGUAACAAGAUCUACAGGGAGGGAGACAUGUGGUCGUCGGUGAACUGCACGCUCUGCGCCUGCGUUAAAGGAAACAUCGAGUGUCGGCCCAAACAGUGUGUCCCGAUCACCAGCUGCCCCGCGAAUAAGAUCCUGAACAGGACCGGCUGCUGUCCAGUCUGCACUGAAAAGCCGGGUGUUUGCACGGUGUUUGGCGAUCCUCACUACAACACCUUCGACGGCAGGACCUUUAACUUCCAGGGAACCUGUCAGUACGUGCUGACUCGCGAUUGUGGCGGCGCCCCCUCUGGAGGACCAGGACAUAACAUGAACAUCAACAACCCAGAGUCCACCUUCAUGGUGUUGGUGAAGAACGACGCCCGGCGGACUCGCUCCUUCUCCUGGACUCAGUCUGUGGAGGUGCGGCUCGGAGGUUUGACCCUCAGCCUCCACCAGCACCUGACGGUCCGCAGGAACGGCACCCGCAUCGCGCUGCCCUACCACGGCCCCGGGGUGCACAUCGACCUGGACGGGUACCUGCUCAAACUCACCACCAUCGCAGGUCUGGAGAUCACGUGGGACGGAGACAGUUUCGUGGAGGUGGUGGCCGCCCCCCACCUGCGAGGACGCCUCUGCGGCCUCUGUGGCAACUACAACGGCCACAAGCGCGACGACACCAUGGGAGGCGACGGCGUAUUCAAGUUCGACGUGGACGAGUUUGCAGAGUCGUGGCGAGUGGAGGGAAACGAGGUUUGCUCCCAGCAGCCCCCGCCCCGCCGGCCAACCUCCUUCCUGUGUCCCGGCAGCGUCAAAGUCAAAUUCCGCGCCCACCGGGAGUGCCAGAAGAUCAAGUCGUGGGAGUUUCAGAAGUGCCACCGUGUAGUCGACUUCGCCCCGUUCUACAGGUCGUGUGUGACGGACAUGUGCGAGUGUCCCGUCCACAAAAACUGCUACUGUGAGUCCUUCAUCGCCUACAGCCGAGCCUGCGAGAGGGAGGGAGUGCCCGUCCUCUGGAAGGCCGACACCGCCUGCAUGGCCACCCAGUGCAAACACGGCGCCGUGUACGACACCUGCGGGCCGGGCUGCACCAAAACCUGCGACAACUGGAACGAGAUCGGGCCGUGCCACAAGCCCUGCGUGGCCGGCUGCCACUGCCCCGCAAACCUGGUGCUGUUCCAAGGACGCUGCAUCAAACCCACCGCCUGCCCCGGACGGUGACCCUGGCGGGAGGGGGGCGGCGAGGUUAGGGACGGUCAUUCAUCGCUAUCAGGGGCCCAAACAAGCCGAGGAGGGUUCAGGAGGACGCAAAGGGGUUCUGAAGUCGACAGAUCAGAUGUGACAAAGCACUCAGGGUCCGGAUCUGUGUGACUGCAGAGAGACGGUGACUGAAAACUCGCCGGACCGGAGGCUGAUCCUCGCCGCCACGACCUCCGUGUGCCUUGUGUAAUACUGCGUACUGUCACGUUACCAGUCACCGCCGCCAAUUUCAGUCAUUUUGGGGAAGAACUGAACUCCCAGGAGAAAACUCAGGGCCCCAAAGAGGAGAUUUUAGUCUCCACCUUCUGAGGAACGUUUGACCGCGCUGCCAUGGACCCUCAGGACUCCCUCUGGAGCCAACAUGGCGCCCAAAUUUCUCCCACAAACACUAUAAAGUGGGAAACUCAAACUGAUCUCUGCUCCAUCAUUUCAUACUGUAAGCUAGCCAGAUUUAUAUGAAAGACAGACAGCUUUUAUAUUAUUAUUGUUCUAAUUAAUAUUAAUAUUAUUAUUAUUUGUUGUUGAUGUUGUUAAUUUAUAUAUCGGUCAGGUGACACGUCGUAGCAAGAGCCAGAAUCAUGAAUAUAAUUGCGUUCUAAAUGAUUUAAAGGGAAACAAAAGCUAUUUAUGUAUUUGUUGUGUACUUUUGUGUUGCUGUUUGAAGAGAAAUGUGACUCCGUUUGUUGUUGUUGUUGCACCAUCGCAGGGAAAACGUACUGUAUUGUGUUUGUGCUCCGUGUACACGUUGAUGUGGUUCCUAUCAAACUGAAGGUGUUCCUCUAAGCAUAUGUUUCACUUGACGAUUAUUAUUUAAGACCAGCAAUAUAAUCUUUUAUCGAAGUUCA